GCAUUCAUUGCCACGGCCGCGUGCCCAAUAACUCGUAUUGGAAGACUUCCAGCCAGUCGACUUUACGUCGUCGAGUAGACCACGCGCGAUUCACAUACGAUUAUCGACUAUGAUAACAUUAUCAAACCUGUUUAUUUAAUUAGUGAACGAACUGUGACGAAACAGAAAGUUUUUAUUUGUCUGAUAUCAUCGAAAUAGUUCAAGAUGAAGUGUUUUAUUGCAUUUAUCGGAUUGCUGUUGUGCCUCACCGUAGUUAGUAGUAGACACUACAAUGCGAAAGAAAGCACAGAAGACUCAUCAGAUGAAACGGAACACAUUAAAAAAGCGCGUGAAUUUGCUGCUAACCAAAUGAGGCAUCAUCGCAGGAAACGUUGGCAAUCUAACUACGGAUAUGACUAUUCACCACCUCCACCUUUUCCCUUACCUUAUUACCCCGACAGACGUGAAUACGAUCGUAAUAAUCAAGAUCUACUGCCACAAAUCCUCAGAUUGUUAGAUGAAAUUUCAAGUUACAUUAAGCGACCUCCUCCCCCACCUCCUCAGCCAAUUUAUGUACCAUAUCCAGUCCCGUACCCAGUUCCUCAAGUAUGCACGUGCGCAGCUCCCACAAAUGCGUCAAAGAACCCUAAUGUAGACAAAAGACUUCGACCAACGUUAGAAGACAGUAAUCAGAAUUGGGGACUAGUGGAAUCGAAUGAUGAUGAUGAUUACGAAGACAGUGGAGAUGGAUCAAGGCCGAUUUCUUUCGAUCCUAUAAAACCAAAAUACCCAAUGCAGAGACCUCCACCUAAAGUCGAUCACGGAUCUACACAAGGAGCUCGAGACUUAAGUACUCAAGCUUCUUCUGUGCCUGCGCUACCAUCUAUAAAAGCAGCUAAUAUGUGCAAUGUCGCUAUCCUCUCUUGCUGCAGCGGUCAACAACAAAAAGCGUGUUUCACCAAGUUUGGGUGUGGAAUGACGUACGCAAAAGGAAACGCCUGUACAUCUGAUUCUAUCAAUGCAGCUAUUGAUUCCUUUAAAUCGGCGUAUGCUCCCACAUUUUGAACUAAUAAUGGGGUGGCACUACACUCCCAUGUAGUCAUUAUCAGUAUUCUAGCGGCUGUACUUUGUUUUUCGUCUCGAUUAUUUGUUGCCUAGAUUGUAAUGAAAUUGCAAGAAAUUCAUAUCGACGGUUAAAUACCCUUGGUAUGAAUUUAGAUUCGUGUAAAUCGAUAUGUGAUUCUUAAAGUACAUUUCUAUUUUAUUAAUUGAUAAUAUCGAUACGAAGUGAAAGAUGGGCGCUUCAUUGUCAGAGUUGUUUAAGGGACCUAGAUUUCUGAACUUUCCCACGGAAAAUCUUGUUAAUGCUGUGGAUUUCACUUUGAAGUCAGCUUCCUCCAUUGGAGAAAUUCUUUUGAUGGCAAAUGUUACGUCACUGUAGUCUAUGAUGAAUGUGUCAUCGUGAAGGUUGCCUCAUUUAUGCCGUGCUGUACUUUAUUAUCUUGGGGUCAACUACCUGAGGUAACCUUAGUUGUAUUAAAUCCAUUGCGGACAUGGUCAAAUUAUUUAUAAUUUUACACUGUUUAAUAAUAUUGUUAAACUAACUGUGUCUAUAUAAAACUAAAGGAGAAUUGAUAUUUUUGUUGACAGUACUUUAUGUGCGCAUUUUAUAUAUAAAGUUGAUUUUGUAAUGUGUUAUUCUAAUACAAAUAUUGAUGCCAUAAUUGUAUUGCUUGUGCCUUUAUUCUUGAUAAGUCAUAUACUUCUAAAUAUUUUGCCUAGCCAGAACAACGAGUUUACGUCAUAUGGACAGUUGUUACUGGCUUACUCAUAUUAUUUGGCUUAUUUUCUAAAAUGUAAUAAUUUUACUUCUGUACCUGGUACGUGUAGAUAGUAUGGUGGUACAUAGUUAUAUUAAAAGGUGAUAUUCGAAAGCCAUUUUAACACAAUCUUUUUAGUUAUAAUUACAAUUGGUUGAAGCUUAAUUUUGGUAAUAUCAUUACCAUAUUUUUGUUAUAUUUUCGCGUUAAUAUAGUCGUUCUCUGCAAUCUUGUUUAAUAAACAUUUCUGGAACUUUAUCAAACAACGUACAUAGAUAUAAAUCUAAAUGUUGUUAGUUUAGUCCCAACUUUUGCAAUAGCUGUAAGAAUAAUUUGAAAGAAACUGCAACCUUAGUUGUAAGCAUGAGUGCAGUCACGUGCAUAAAUAUAAGUAUACAACUGCAUUCAACUUUAGACUUUGUCACGUUGAAUUAAGGUUCGAUAUGUAUACAUAAUAAUGCACGUGACUGUACAUCUUGUAAUCAUAUUGUGUUUGUGUUCGAUUGGCAGUUAUUCCUAUUAAAUAUAAGUGUUCCUAGUCCCUAUCUGUACGUAGAUUAAUGACUAAUUAAUUAAACGUAACACGACAUUAGA